AAUACUCGCACCAUAACUAAUCCUCAUCUUCACUAAUCAACCUUUGUUUCUCUGCAUGCACAGACAAUCCUUUGGCUCGCCGAGCUCCAAGCUCCGCAUCCAUGGCGGAGAAGAGAAUUCAAUCGCCGAUGAUCAGAAGCGUCAAUUGAUCAUCCACGACGACGACGAUGAUGGUAAAGACAUCAAACCUCGCCGAUUGUCGUUCUCGCCUUCUUCGUUGUCUCCGACGUCUCCGUCGUUCACGUCGCUUACUAAGCCUGAGAAGCUCAUUCACCUGAUUCCUGUUCUUACUCUACUUUGCCUCCUCAUUCUUUACCUAAAUUCUCACAGUCCUUCGCAGUCUGACUUGGCUCAGUUUAACGGAUUCAAGCAUCCCUCGAAGCAUUUAGAACCAACCGAAAUCAGUGAUGCUGGUCGAUUUAUUGAUUCUCGGAGAGGCGAUAAUUUGGGGAUCCGAAGCCUGAAGAACUUGCAAGAAGUUGAUAAAAACGUCUCAAAAUCUCGUCUCCACAGGAAAAUAGCCGAUUUCUAAGCGGCCUUCUCUAAGUUUAUCCUGCUUUCUCCUUUUCUUUCCUCGCUAGUUCAAUAAGUCCGCACGUAUCGGUCACACUUUCACGUGCGAGCAUUUUAAUUUCUUGUUUUCUUAAAGCAAAUAUCUUAUCUGGCAAGCUACGUUGUGGCACUCGAUCAAUCAUUUGAUCAGCCUUUUCUCGAGAAAAUAUGUUUCGUAUAUAAAACAUAAAAGAGUAGAAAAAAUUACAUGGAGUUUGAAAAUAUUUUUAGACUAAAGAAUUCAAAUAAGUGCGCAUUUGGAGGUUCUGCUGCAGUGAUUUGGGAUCGAGCUCCAGAUGGGAAUUCGGACGGUCAAAACACCUCGAAUUGCGGCUUCGACACCAGCCAGAAAGUUGCACUAAUCGCAGGAGCAUAUUAACUGCUUCAACGGUGAUAAUCUUAUUCUUGAUUUGAUCUGAUGUUUUUCUUUCUGUUACUGUAAUCAAGGCUGCUCGUGUAAUUAAGGUGAUAUAAAAGAACAAUUUCAAAUUUAAAUGCAUUUAUAGAAGUUCCCUUGACUGAGAUCAUUGUAGCUAGGAGUUUAGGGGGGUGCAGAUAGUGAUUCAAUUGGUACAGGAUUGCUUCCAGGUGUUAAAAGUUGAGGGCGAUGACGAUGCAAUAAUUGGCGAGUUCAGACACAAGCCACAAAGAGUGUCGGUUGUCACGGACUAAUUGGUUCAUUCCACCUAGUAUUA